AUGGACCUACAUAAGCAGUGGGAGAACACAGAGACUAACUGGCACAAGGAAAAGAUGGAAUUACUGGACCAGUUUGACAAUGAAAGGAAGGAAUGGGAAAGUCAAUGGAAGAUCAUGCAGAAGAAGAUAGAAGAGCUUUGCCAAGAAGUAAAGCUUCGGAGGAAAAUCAGCAUGAAUGAACGUGCUAAUAAGACCAUUGAUCUUGAUUGUGAGAAAGUCCAUCAAGACAAAAUGGUAGACCCUUUUCCCAAUUACCCCAGUUCAGGACAAUAUGAAUUUAUAGGGCUAAAUCACAAAUUUGGUGUGGAAAAAGACAAUAAAACAGAGCAGAGCUUAUUCACUAAAGGAGAUCAAAUACAUAAGGAACAAAAAGCAACCAAAAAAUCAGAAGGAGGGAUUAUGGAUCCUUUGGCUGCAGACAACAGAAAGGAAUGUGAAGCCUGGCCUGACCUGAAGACCUCUGAGAAAGAAAGCAAGAGCUCUUCUGGCACCUUAAAUACAGCUCUUGAAGAACUUGCCAAAGUUAGUGAAGAAUUAUGCAGCUUUCAAGAGGAAAUUCAAAAGCAGUCUAACCACCGAAGGAUGAAGUCUGAUUCUUUUCUCCAGGAUAUGCCCAAUGUAAAAGAAAAACAGAAAAACAGAAAGAAUCUGAACUGUGUGGAUGUGUUCCAAAGUGAAUCUAGGGAAAAACAUGAAAUUGACACAAUUGAUUUGCAAAGAAGUGAAAUUCCACCUGUUCCUCCUCCAAGAAGCACAUCUCGGAAUCUGCCUACUUCAUAUUCUGAAGUUAUACAAGCCCAUGAAGGGUUGAAGGAAAGCUUAGACAAUAGUUUUGUGGCCCAUGAGGGUCAAGGUGAAAAGAACUGCAAUCCUCAUUUCCUUUUGAGACAGCAUGAGAUGCCCAUGUUGGGUCCCAAGGAAGGAAAGACUUUGAAAGAUGGUGUCAUACUUUCUUCUUUUGCACCAGAAGCCGAAGUAGAUAAUAAGUGUCCAUGUAAUGAAGAUACUGGACUUAACAUGUGGUCAUGCAACAUUGGAAUAGGUGGUGCAAAAAAGAGCCCUUCCACAUUGUGGUUUCAGAAAACCUGCUCUACCCCCAAUAAACCAAAAUAUGAAAAGGUGAUCCCAGAUCAUCCUGCUAAAUCUCAUCCCAAUCUUCAUGUUAGCCAUGACUGUAGCUCCUCGGUGACACAGAGUGGUGGCCCACUUAGAAGUUUCAGUUGCAGCUUUGAAGAGACAACAAAGAAUGAAAAGCUAGCAGCAAAGACUGAUGAAUUUAACCGAACUGUAUUUAGAACAGAUAGAAGUUGCCAUGCAAUACAGCAAAAUCAGAGCUACUCAAAAUCAUCUGAAGAUCCUAAGCCCUGUGAUACCAUAGUUACUCAUUCAGGUAACAUAUCAGAAAAUGACAGUGUGUUUGGUAUUCUGAAAACAAGUGUCCACAUGCCCCUGCCUAUGGAAAACGUGCCUGAUAAUCUUACAAAACUAUUUUCAACUGGCCAAGUCAGACAAAUGCAGGAACCCCUAAGUCCUAGCAGUUACCAGAAUAUGCUCCAUGAACACGACUGGAGACCAAGUAAUUUGUCUGGCCGUCCAAGGUCAGCUGAUCCUAGGUCAAAUUAUGGUGUUGUGGAAAAGCUGCUGAAAACCUAUGAGACAUCAGCAGAGUCUGCCUUAAAGAAUUCUAAAUGGUUCCAGGAUAAUUGGACUAAAUGUAACUCUAAUGUCAGCAGUGGGACCAUGUUAAGUCAACCUUUAGAAAUGCUCCAAAUGGAACAAGAACUUCAACAAAAGACAGCUAUGUGUGGAGGUCAGCACAUGAAGAAAGGAGUAGAUUGGAAAAAGAUAGCAGAGGAACCUAUAACAGCGAAAUGUUCACGUGGAAAAGGGUUUUCCAGACCUGCUAGACCAGCAAAUCGCCGUCUCCCAUCUAGAUGGGCAUCCAGAUCUCCAUCUGCACCCCCAGCUUUGCGGAGAACUGCCCACAACUAUCCCAUUUCUCUGCGAGCCGAAGCAUCGAUGGUCUAA